AUGGAGGUUGUCGGCUGGGGCAUAACAGAAGAAGAAAAGCUCUCAGACGUCCCUAAAAAAGCUUUCAUCAAUCGGCUGAACUUAACCGAGUGCAACAUCUUUAAUCCAACGAGCACAAAACUCUGCGCCAGUGGCUUGGGGAAAGAUAGCUGCAGUGGUGACUCCGGAGGACCACUGAACUAUCCCACUUUAUACAAUGGCAAACAGCGCUGGGUGCAGGCUGGAAUCGUGAGUUACGGAGUACAGAAAUGUGGCAAAAAUCCGUAUGCGGUCUAUACUGAUGUGGCUGAAUAUAUGGGUUGGAUAACCGAAACCAUUGCGCAAAACACAUAGCCUCUCUAAUCGAAAUUAAAAAUUGAAAUCAUAUUGAAAUAAAUUAUUAAAAAUAAUAUUAACUGCUAUUAUUCUUAAUAACACAUCCUUCUUUUCCAUGCACUUAGUAUAUACAUAUAGAAUUCGAAACGGCCGGGAUCG